CAAAGCUUACAUGAGAAGGGAGAGCGACUCCAGGGAGUUACUGACACUGUGACUUUUUUCUUCAGAGUCUUCAAAUAAAACUCACAAAAGUGUUUUGUGUGUGAAGGUUUUUUGUUUCUAUAAAGGAAGCCUCAGGAACCUGCUUUACAACCAUUUGUAAAUGUUUAUCACCACAGCUAUGGCAACCAUUUGACUCAAUCCAUGAAGUUUUUUUUCUACAAAGAAAUAAACACGGCAGGAUUAUCAUGAUCGUAUGGUUUUUACUGCUGUCACUCUCCACAACGAGCACACAAGAUGGACAAGAAAACAGUGUUUUGCGUUGUGGACCUCAGAAUGUGACUCUUGACUACGACAGUUUCCUGUUAAAGUGGGAAGAUGAUCCUUCUUGCUCUGUGAUACAAGAUGGGCUCGUGUACGAGCUGCAGCUUCUCAUAGCAGACAAGCCUGAACACAAUGGUGAAGUUGUUGUGGCACCUGCACAGAUAGGAGCUACUCAUUCCUGGAAAUGGAUUUCCCAUUUACCAUCGCAGUGUGCUCGCCAUUCAGUCCGGCUCAGGUCCCAAUACAACAAGCAAUCAAGCCCAUGGAUGGAGAAGACGCUACCUGACCAGGGUGAAAUACUGGUUCUCCCAAGAGACCAAAUAUUGGAGGUGGGCAGCACAGCCACAUUCUGCUGCAUGGUGCCAGACGGGGAAAGUAUUAAAACAAUGUUUCUAUAUGACUACAAAAGCACUAAUGUAACAACUACAAAGAUCAGUGAACAUGUGCACUCCCUGACUGUUCACCUGGACCAACAAUCAGAAAACUGGAGGAAUGUAGAAUGUGAAACAACCAAAGGAGACAUCAACGGAGCCAGUUUUCAUGCCAGCUUGGAGCUGGAUGCUGCUGAGAGGAACUGGACCUUAACAGUAACUAAUCCUCUGGGAAAGCUUGAGCUCCAUGACAGGGCAGACCUGACCAAAAGAGUGCACGUGGUCGCUCCAGACGAAGUAGCAGCUUCAACUGUGAACCCCAGAAACAUCAGUCUGAAAUGGAGCUGGAAAGGGAAGAAGUACAGUAAUCUCAACCUCACAUGCCAAGUAGAUGUCAGCGAUGGAAACUCUAAUACCAAAACUGAAAACUUUGGAGUUGGCCUCACAACUGCAGUCAUCAAGGACUUGAUACCACACUGGAACUAUGACGUGAGGGUCCGAUGUGGAACAGCACAGCAUUUCUGGAAAUGGGGUGACUGGAGCAAAAGUGUAAAAAUCCACACAAAGGGUGAUGUUCCAGAUGCUCUUGACGUGUGGAUGAAGGUGAAGGAAGACCAGACUGUAAUCUCCUGGAAGGUGCCACUGACCAGUCAGAGCCAUGGAGAAAUCUUUGACUACAAAGUGUCCUGGGCAAAGACCAAAGACAAAAAUCAGUCAAACCAAACCAACGUGUCCAGAAGCAAUCACAGUCUUACACUCACGCUGGACCCCAGUGAGGAGCACAUGGUCACUGUCACGGCUAGAAACAUAAACGGCAGCUCAUCACCAUCGACCAUCAUCAUUCCCCGCCGCAAUCUAGAUAAGUCCGAGGUGAAGACCUCCUGGAUCAGUGGCAGCAAUGGUAGCUUCUUCCUGUCUUGGCCUGAUCGUCUUAACGCCAGCUGUGGCUACAUAGUGGACUGGUGUCCAAUCUUCGGUAAUUGCUCCUUCGAGUGGAUGAAAGUGUCUCUCAACAGAACUCAUACCACAAUUUUUUCAAAGAACUUUGAAGAUGGUCGGAGAUACCUGCUGUCCAUAUACGCCUGCACUGAGGGAGCUGCGGUGCUACUACAGAGAAGAGAGGGCUACAUCAGAGAGACCAAAAUAGGAGGCGAGCUGUUUAAACUCAAAUACAAACAGGAAGACUCGGCUGUUGAGGUAUCCUGGGAGCCCAUACCUCUGGAAAAGCAGACUGCUUCCAUCCAUGGAUAUAUUCUCUACUACCAGGACAAGAGCGGGAAUGUUUUUAACGUGAGCACAGAUGAUCCUGGAGCCACCAGCCUCACUGCAAAGAACCUGAACAUCAGUACGUACACCUUCACGGUGACAGCAUCAACAGCAUUUGGACUUUGUGGUAAUACAUCCAUCAAUGUCACCUUGAAUCCCCCGGCUGAUCACUUGAUAGUGCUGAUCUUGACAUCCCUGGGAGCAGUUUUUCUUAUUCUGUCUGUCAGCACAAUUAUCUGCUACAGACACUGGGCAUGCAUCAAGAACAAAGUCUAUCCUCCAAUCCCAAAGCCAGUGCUGACUGAAAAGUGGCUGACAUCACCGGAUGAACAUACAGUUCGUCAUUUUCCCUUUGAUCAGAGUCACUACAGAGAGGUCUGGGAUGUUCCUGAACUACAUGAUCAAUUCAGACCACCACAGCCUGUUGUUGGCCAGGACUACAUGCCUUUUACCUUCUCUCAGACUCCCAAAGGUUACUACAAUAAGCCUCUGAAGAAACUCCAGCCAUCCCUUACUUUACCCACUACAGGCCUCACAUCUCAGCCAGGCUUGCCAUCUUUUCCAAUUACUGAUGUAUUUCCUAACCCUUCAUAUAACCUGAUAGUACAGGGUGAGGACCAGGAGUCACAAUCACAUCCCGAGAUCCAGGAAGGGAUGCCUAUAACUGAUAGUGAAUGCCAGCCACAGAGUCCUGAAGAGAGCUUUACCACAGCUGAGUUACAAGAGGAACCAGACAGUCCCAUUUUCUGUGUGUCCACAUACAUAUUGUUACCACAGAAAAGUUCCAAAUAGCGGCUGCAUGGUGAACACAUUUAAGCCUUGCACACG